UUUUGUUUAUGUAUUUAUGUAUGUACGAAUGUUGUUCUGUAAUCAGUAAUCACUAAUCACCACUGUUUCUUCUUCAUCGCCACAGCUUUCAACACUACCCACACCCGGAUCCGAAUCCGAAUCCAGACCCGACCCAGAUAUGGGAAAUUGCUGCUUUACUCCGUCUCCCACCACUCCCGUGAGCGUUCCCCAAACCUUUUCCGGCGAGCCUACGGUCGACGGCGGAAUAACGACGCCGGCGAGUCCGAGUCGAAGACUGAAAAUAUUCAGCCUGGCGGAGCUGAGGAGCGCGACGGGAGACUUUCCGGAGGAGUCGGUGGUGGGAGAGGGCGGAUUCGGGAAGGUCUACAAAGGAUACAUCGACAAGACGACUCACGCGCCGUCGAAGGCCGGCCAUCCCAAUGCCAUCGCCGUCGCCAUCAAGAAAUCCAAUCCCCACGGCGAACAGGGCCUCAAGGAGUGGAAGGCAGAAGUGAAAUUCUUGGGGAAAUUUAAGCACCCAAAUUUGGUGAAAUUAUUGGGUUUGUGUUGGGAGGAGAAGCAAUACCUGCUGGUCUAUGAAUUCAUGGAGGGUGGCAACUUGGCUGACCAUCUCUUCAAUGAUGAGGCAAUUAUUCCAUGGGAUACAAGAAUUAAAAUAGCCCUAGGAGCAGCAACUGGGCUUUCUGUUCUGCACUCCACUGGCCAAGAAAAUGUCAUCUACAGAGAUUUCAAGGCCUCCAACAUUUUGCUUGACCUGGAUUUCAAUGCAAAAAUGUCUGACUUUGGUCUUGCAAAGUUGGGCCCAGCAGUUGGGAAUUCACAUGUAACAACCCAAAUUGUUGGGACCUUUGGCUAUGCAGCCCCUGAAUAUGUUGCUACAGGCCAUUUGUACGUGAAGAGCGACGUGUACAGCUUUGGAGUGUUGUUAUUAGAGAUGAUGACGGGCCGCCGAGUAGUGGACUUUGAUCGGCCCGGCGGGGAAGUGAAUUUGGUGGAUUGGGCCAAACCGUUGCUUCCGAGCAAAAAGGGUUUAAAUUUGGUGAUGGAUUUGCGGUUGAAUGGGCUGUAUCCGUCGAGAGGGGCGUAUAAAAUGGCGAAGUUGAUCUUAAAUUGUCUCGAGCCCGACCCCAAACGUAGGCCGGAUAUGAGCCAUGUUUUGAAGUGCUUGGAGGAUAUUAGUAAUAUCAAGAACAAGCCCAAGAGAUCCCGACCCUAAUUAAUAUAUCGGUGGUUCGAAGCGGUUGGCCCAAAAUGAUAUUGGGCUUUUGAUGAUGGGCUUGAGCCCAAUUUAAAAGAUGUUUAUGCAUAUAGAUAGAUAUAUAUAUAUAUAUUAUUAGUUCCUCAUUAUUAAGAAACUUCAUGAGGUGUGUCAUAUUGUCAUUAUGUUCUAAUUGAUUUAGAAUGUAUUCUAGUGUAUUAUAUUUUAA